AUGGCUUCCUUCCUGGGUGUGAGCGCUUCUGGCUUUCCCCUCGACGUGGCUCUGGGACGAACCAACUCUCAAUCGAGCACCGGGCAUCGAGGGGUGGACACUGUCCAAAGAGAUCCAGUAAGGAUCGGAGUGUACGAGAUCUCUGGCAACAGGCCAAUGCUGUGUGCCACAAGGCGCGCGAUCUAUUCCAAGACGCAAGACGUUUGCCGAGUGCUGAAUUCCUCUUUUGCAGUUCACUACGAUGCAUGCCUCGGCGGCAGCACAAGCAAGUGCGUGGACAAAGGCAUGCAGACUGAUCCCGCCCGGGCCGUGACGACCAUGGCACUGCCAUUGAACAGCUUUCCGGCUUCUAUGGAAGAAGCACCCUCCAACUUGAUUGUGGUCGGAGGAUUCGCGAAAUGCAGCAGCUCGCAUGUUUUUCGCAUUCUCCAGUCUCACCCAAAUACCGUGACUUUCGGAAAGCAGGUGGGCUCUCUGGCGGGACAAGAGGUUGAGUUUGAGAUGGCCGCUUUCGCGAUCGCGAGGACUUUGCAGAUCCCCGGAAAGCCCGUCAUAUCAGCUUGCACAGGAAUGCCUCUUAGGGCACUGAAAGAAUGCAAUCGGCUCGUUGGCUGGAUCAGGGGCAGGUACGACAAUUCGACUGCAGCGGUACUCGUCAUCACCGACAUCUUCUUUCUGGAGAAGAAGGCGCUGGCUCAUCGCUGGACAGGAAAGGUCAAGCUGCUGUUUGUGGUGCGUGAGCCCGCGGAUUACUUGUGGGCCGCCUACAACUUUUGGAUUCUGCCCGGGGAACGAAAAGGCUUGCAGAACGACUGGACAGACAUGACGACACACACGCGCAGCCCGGAGCUUUUCCAUGACCUCGUGGUAGCCGAUGGCAAGAUGCCGGCCUGGCAGCCGCGCUCAGACAAAGUGACUGGACUGUGGUUCAAUCUCAUCCAAGACGUGAAGAACGCGUCCGCGACCAUUCUCGUACUCAAGUCCGAGGCCGCGAAGCCUUUCAUCGCUGAUUUGCCA